AUGGCCGACCACCAAAAUCAACCAUAUCGCCGAGCCUCCACUGGCGAACGGGUAACCUCUCCCGCCGCUUUCGCGGAGCUGUUCGUGGCGCCGCGGCCGUUCGCGGGGCGGCGGGGGAGGCGGCAGCUGGCAGCGUUGGCGUCGUGGGUGCGGCUGCAGCCCGGCGUGCGCGUGGUGCUGGUGGGGUCCCAUCCCACCUUCCACCGCGUCGCCGCGAGAUAUCCGGGACGAGUGGUGGUGGAGGAGGAUGUCGACACGAGCUUCGCCUCAGGCCGACCCUUAGCCAACAGCCUCUUUGCCCGCGCCCGAGCCUCCCGUGCAGGCUUGGCGAUUGUCCUAACCGACCCCAAGGCUGUGCUUAUGUCGAGCCUGAGUGUAGCUUUGGAGAAGACACGGGACGUGCAGGGAGACUGGCUACUGGUGGCAGGCGCGUGGAAGGUUGAAGUAGGAGGCUCGGCACGAGGCUCGGGAGUUGGUUCGGUUGAGUGGAGGAGGGUUGGGCCGGGUAGGGUGGCGGGGAGGGAAGAGAAUAGUGCAGAGAAGAAGGGUAUCAGUGAGGAGGAGUAUGCAUGGGUGGCAACCAGUGUAACAGGAGUGACACGUCAGCUGAGUAUGGAUGAGGCACUGAGUCAUCUCCAGUCAUCCUCCUUGCUCUCCCACUCGCCCUGCUCUCCCCCCAUCCUAUGGGCCUGGAAUGUAGGUCACACCCCCCUCCUCUCUGGCACCAUGCCUCCCUUCCGCCUGCUGCAGCCACACACAGAGAGGGGAGGAAGUGGGGGAGAGGGCGAGGGGUCAAGGGGGAAGGAAGGGCACAGAGGGCGAGAGGGCAAGGGCGGUCGUGAGGAGGGGCAGCAAAAGGAAAUGCUAGAUCCAAUGGCCGGCUCUCAAGCUCCAAGGAACGAGUCUACAGGCCAGGGGUUACCUGGUUACCACACACCUAGCCUUCACCGCGGCACACUAUCCUCAGUUCGCGGCGUGUGGCAGCAGUGGGUUCUGCACGAGUGCCUCUCCUCUCCGCUCCGCCUCGUGCUCGAUGCCUCCGCGCUGAAGCCCGUGCUGCUGCUGCCACCCGAAGGGGCUGCUGCUGUAGCGGAGGAGGGUAUAGGCGACUGGGAAGGAGAGGAGAAAGGGGGAGGAGGGGAGGAAGGGGAGGAGGGAGAGCGAGAGGUGAAGGGAGAGGAGGAGGGAGGUGUCGGAGUGGGUGAGGAGGAAGGAGAGGAAGAGCUGAAUGCCUACUUGGCUCUCUCCUACGGUUCCUUUCCCCUCUCACUCUCCUCUGUUCCUCCCGCCAACAGUCACUCACACAACAAGCACGGUUCCACCAAGGACAGCAGCAGCGCUGCACAGCAGCAACUGCUGCAACAGAGGCAGCAGCAGAGAGUGAGCCGUGGGCCGCGCGUGUCAGUUGGAGAUGUGCUGUGGGCCCUCGUCCCGUGUGCCCACCCUGGCGCUGCUGGGUUCUGCUUCCAGCCACGCGACAAGCAGCAGCUCCGGGGGAUGGUGGUGCCAGAAGGAGGAAGCGGGGGGUGGGAUGAGGGCGGGAGGGGUGAUGGGGGGGAGGGGUGGAGGUGCAUUGGGCGGGUUGAGAAGGAGGGGCUGUUGCAGGCAGCUGCAGCGUGGAGGCGAGAGGGGGCUGGGUUGAGGCGGAGGCGGGAAGCUAAGAGGAAGGAGGUGGAGUUUGGGGGGGAAGGCGAGGAGGGUGUGAGUGGAGGGGGAGGGGAUGGGGGUGAGAGAGGAGGGGCGGGCGGAGGUAGGAACGAGACUGGAGGGGCGGGUGGAGGGGCGGAUGGAGGGGCAGAGGUGGGGCCGCUUGUGUUUGAGAGAGUGGAGCAUGAUGAGGUGAUGCUGCGGGUGCUGCGACAGGUGGUGGGGAGAGGGACGGGAAUGAAGAGAGGGGAAGGCAGGGCGAGGGCGAGGGGGAGAGGCAUGCAAGAGGAUGACGGAUUGGGCGGAGAGGUGGCUGCAGCAGGAAGGAGAGGCAGCCGUAGGCAGAAGUCUGAAGCAGAAGGAAGAGAAGGGGCAAAAGGGAGAGAAGGGGCAAAAGGGAGAGAAGGGACAGAAGGGACAGGGGGGCCAGCAGGGGUCGAGGUGGCAGGUGCAGUGGAGGGGGACGAAGCGCGGACGGCGGUGCUGGCGGUGGUAGCAUCAAACUACAGGGAGGUGAUGAUGAGCUGGGUGUGCGGGCUGCGCCGCCUGCACGUGCACAACUACGUUAUAGCCGCCAUGGACAGGGAAACUUACGACUUUGCCCGCGAGCAGGGCCUCCCGGUGUUCCCCCACGCGUACGACGACGCGUUCGGCCGUGACGACUGCCACUUCGGCACGGACUGCUUCCUCAAUGUGACUAAAGUGAAGUCUCGGGCAGCCCUCCGCGUGUUACGGGCUGGUUACCACGUGCUGUUCAACGACGCGGAUAUCUAUUGGUUCGCGGAUGCGCGACCGAUAGUGAUGGGGUAUGGGCCAGGGCAUAUGGUGGUUCAGAGCGACAAUCACAAUGACACGGGCCCGGAUAAUGACUAUCGGCGGCUCAACUCAGGGUUUUAUUUCAUUCGCUCGGAGCCGAAGGCAUUGGCGGCUCUCGAGGCGGUGGUGGCGCAUGCAGCAGCAUCACCAAUAACAGAGCAGCCGAGUUUCUAUGAUGUGCUGUGUGGAGCUUCUUCUGAGUACACUGUGGGCGAUUCCCAGUGCGGUGCUGCAGGAGGUGCAGAAGGCGUGGAACUUAACAUUUGCCGGCUGGUUGCCUGGAGGGGACUGCGGGCUGCCAGCAUCACCUCCGUGCAAUUCUUCACGCUCAUGGGGCCGUCCUUCCCCACGGAUAGUGUCACGCGCCUUACUCGCCUCACAAAGCUGUCAGUGGAGUGUGUUCCGGGCGGUGUUGCAGAGAGCUUUCCUUCCACCAUAGCCAACUUCGCGCAGCUGACAAGACUGCACCUGCGGUGUGGCCCAGAAUCCAUCUACUGGCAGCUGCGGUGUGGCCCAGAAUCCAUCUACUGGCAGCUGCGGUGUGGCCCAGAAUCCAUCUACUGGCAGCUGCGGUGUGGCCGAGAAUCCAUCUACUGGCAGCUGCGGUGUGGCCCAGAAUCCAUCUAUUGGCAGCUGCGGUGUGGCCCAGAAUCCAUCUACUGGCAGCUGCGGUGUGGCCCAGAAUCCAUCUACUGGCAGCUGCGGUGUGGCCCAGAAUCCAUCUACUGGCAGCUGCGGUGUGGCCCAGAAUCCAUCUACUGGCAGCUGCGGUGUGGCCCAGAAUCCAUCUACUGGCAGCUGCGGUGUGGCCCAGAAUCCAUCUACUGGCAGCUGCGGUGUGGCCCAGAAUCCAUCUACUGGCAGCUGCGGUGUGGCCCAGAAUCCAUCUACUGGCAGCUGCGGUGUGGCCCAGAAUCCAUCUACUGGCAGCUGCGGUGUGGCUCAGAAUCCAUCUACUGGCAGCUGCGGUGUGGCCCAGAAUCCAUCUACUGGCAGCUGCGGUGUGGCCCAGAAUCCAUCUACUGGCAGCUGCGGUGUGGCCCAGAAUCCAUCUACUGGCAGCUGCGGUGUGGCCCAGAAUCCAUCUAUUGGCAGCUGCGGUGUGGCCCAGAAUCCAUCUACUGGCAGCUGCGGUGUGGCCCAGAAUCCAUCUACUGGCAGCUGCGGUGUGGCCCAGAAUCCAUCUACUGGCAGCUGCGGUGUGGCCCAGAAUCCAUCUACUGGCAGCUGCGGUGUGGCCCAGAAUCCAUCUACUGGCAGCUGCGGUGUGGCCCAGAAUCCAUCUACUGGCAGCUGCGGUGUGGCCCAGAAUCCAUCUACUGGCAGCUGCGGUGUGGCCCAGAAUCCAUCUACUGGCAGCUGCGGUGUGGCCCAGAAUCCAUCUACUGGCAGCUGCGGUGUGGCCCAGAAUCCAUCUACUGGCAGCUGCGGUGUGGCCCAGAAUCCAUCUACUGGCAGCUGCGGUGUGGCCCAGAAUCCAUCUACUGGCAGCUGCGGUGUGGCCCAGAAUCCAUCUACUGGCAGCUGCGGUGUGGCCCAGAAUCCAUCUACUGGCAGCUGCGGUGUGGCCCAGAAUCCAUCUACUGGCAGCUGCGGUGUGGCCCAGAAUCCAUCUACUGGCAGCUGCGGUGUGGCCCAGAAUCCAUCUACUGGCAGCUGCGGUGUGGCCCAGAAUCCAUCUACUGGCAGCUGCGGUGUGGCCCAGAAUCCAUCUACUGGCAGCUGCGGUGUGGCCCAGAAUCCAUCUACUGGCAGCUGCGGUGUGGCCCAGAAUCCAUCUACUGGCAGCUGCGGUGUGGCCCAGAAUCCAUCUACUGGCAGCUGCGGUGUGGCCCAGAAUCCAUCUACUGGCAGCUGCGGUGUGGCCCAGAAUCCAUCUACUGGCAGCUGCGGUGUGGCCCAGAAUCCAUCUACUGGCAGCUGCGGUGUGGCCCAGAAUCCAUCUACUGGCAGCUGCGGUGUGGCCCAGAAUCCAUCUACUGGCAGCUGCGGUGUGGCCCAGAAUCCAUCUACUGGCAGCUGCGGUGUGGCCCAGAAUCCAUCUACUGGCAGCUGCGGUGUGGCCCAGAAUCCAUCUACUGGCAGCUGCGGUGUGGCCCAGAAUCCAUCUACUGGCAGCUGCGGUGUGGCCCAGAAUCCAUCUACUGGCAGCUGCGGUGUGGCCCAGAAUCCAUCUACUGGCAGCUGCGGUGUGGCCCAGAAUCCAUCUACUGGCAGCUGCGGUGUGGCCCAGAAUCCAUCUACUGGCAGCUGCGGUGUGGCCCAGAAUCCAUCUACUGGCAGCUGCGGUGUGGCCCAGAAUCCAUCUACUGGCAGCUGCGGUGUGGCCCAGAAUCCAUCUACUGGCAGCUGCGGUGUGGCCCAGAAUCCAUCUACUGGCAGCUGCGGUGUGGCCCAGAAUCCAUCUACUGGCAGCUGCGGUGUGGCCCAGAAUCCAUCUACUGGCAGCUGCGGUGUGGCCCAGAAUCCAUCUACUGGCAGCUGCGGUGUGGCCCAGAAUCCAUCUACUGGCAGCUGCGGUGUGGCCCAGAAUCCAUCUACUGGCAGCUGCGGUGUGGCCCAGAAUCCAUCUACUGGCAGCUGCGGUGUGGCCCAGAAUCCAUCUACUGGCAGCUGCGGUGUGGCCCAGAAUCCAUCUACUGGCAGCUGCGGUGUGGCCCAGAAUCCAUCUACUGGCAGCUGCGGUGUGGCCCAGAAUCCAUCUACUGGCAGCUGCGGUGUGGCCCAGAAUCCAUCUACUGGCAGCUGCGGUGUGGCCCAGAAUCCAUCUACUGGCAGCUGCGGUGUGGCCCAGAAUCCAUCUACUGGCAGCUGCGGUGUGGCCCAGAAUCCAUCUACUGGCAGCUGCGGUGUGGCCCAGAAUCCAUCUACUGGCAGCUGCGGUGUGGCCCAGAAUCCAUCUACUGGCAGCUGCGGUGUGGCCCAGAAUCCAUCUACUGGCAGCUGCGGUGUGGCCCAGAAUCCAUCUACUGGCAGCUGCGGUGUGGCCCAGAAUCCAUCUACUGGCAGCUGCGGUGUGGCCCAGAAUCCAUCUACUGGCAGCUGCGGUGUGGCCCAGAAUCCAUCUACUGGCAGCUGCGGUGUGGCCCAGAAUCCAUCUACUGGCAGCUGCGGUGUGGCCCAGAAUCCAUCUACUGGCAGCUGCGGUGUGGCCCAGAAUCCAUCUACUGGCAGCUGCGGUGUGGCCCAGAAUCCAUCUACUGGCAGCUGCGGUGUGGCCCAGAAUCCAUCUACUGGCAGCUGCGGUGUGGCCCAGAAUCCAUCUACUGGCAGCUGCGGUGUGGCCCAGAAUCCAUCUACUGGCAGCUGCGGUGCGACAAGUCCCAGUUGCCAGCACCGCCUGCAGCCAACCAGGGGAAGGCAGGAGUGUCUGUGGGAGCGAUCGUCGGGGCAGUGGUUGCCGCCUGUGCUGCUGCCCUCAUUGAUGAGCAGCAAAGCAGCAGUGCAGGCGUGUCAGGAGUACCCUCUGCAGUGGUGAAGGCCACUAACGGGUGGAGCGAGGCGAAUCAUCCCCCCUUUUGCCACCCCUUCCCCUUCCUCUCUCACGAGCGUGGAGCGAGGCGAACCUGCUGGGCAGAGGAGGUGAAGAGCGAGGGAGAGGAGAAGGAGAGGCGGGUGGGGGAAAGGGAGACGCAAUCAGUGGAUAGGGAGAGGCAGGUGGGGGAUAGGGUGACGCAGGUACAGACAAGGGAGAGGGAGCUUCAGACAAGGGAGAGGGAGGGAGAGACAAUGGAAAGAGAGUUACAGACAAGAAAGGGACAUGUGGAAGACAGUGCGAGGGGGGUAGUGAAGAAAAAGAUGCAGGUGGGAGAGAGGGAGUGGGAGGUGGCGGAGAGGGAGAAGGAGAUUGGAGAGAAGGAAAGGCAAGUGGAAGAGAGUAAGGAGCAUGCAGAGGAGAGGAAGGAGCUAGAGGAGUUAAGUUCAAAGUUGAAAGAGGCGGAAUACAAGGCAGCUGAUGCAUUGGAUAUGUCUCUUUCGCUUGCCUUUCCCUCUCUUCAAAUCCGUCUCCCUCUCCCCCACCUCCCUCUCCCUCUCUUCCACCUGCAUCCUUUUCUCUACUACCCGCCUCACACUGUCUUCCACAUGUCUCUCCCUUGUCUGUAA